UUGAGGAGGAUACGGCACAAAAGCCUCACAUCAGGACAAAGACACAACCUGUGUUUCAUGGACAGAAAGUCCCACUGAAGAGACAGUUGCGUUGACAGUGUCCUGCGCCGUCUUCUGAUAGGACUGAUAGGACUCUCUCACUCUUUGCCAUGGAGGCACUGUACUUGCUGGACAACUGGAGGAAGGAGCUUCAUGUGUCGCAGGGAGCUGAGGACAGCUCCGGGGACAUGGACCGCCUGAACAGGAACAUGCCAGAGUGUGGACGGCAGAGCCACCAGGUGUUACAGAGCACUCCUCUGGAUCUGAUUGAGACUGGAAAAGGGCUUAAGUUCCAGGCAGAGCGCCCCCACCUAGUCAGCCUGGGCAGCGGACGUUUGAGCACUGCCAUCACCCUGCUGCCUCUGCCUGAGGGUCGGACCACCCUGGGUCAUGGUCCUGUGGACAUCAACAUCCAGGGUGCAGGAGUAGCUGCCCAGCACUGCUACAUAGAGAACAGGUCAGGGGUCAUCACGCUGCAUCACUGUGGAAACCCCUGCGCCGUGGAUGGACUCCAGGUCACACAGCCCCUCCGCCUGUCACAAGGCUGCAUGCUGUGUUUUGGCCAGUCAAACUUCUUCCGCUUCAACCACCCCGAGGAGGCGUUCAGGAUGAAGAGCAUGAUGCCCCAGGGAGGAAGUGUCUCCACAGGGGACUACAGACUCUGUGCAGAGAGCUUGGUCAAUGGGAAUCAUCAGGCGAGUCCAGCUCAGUCGUCCUCAGCUCCUGGAGAGCGAAUCCAGUCUGAGCACAGUGCAAUCGUCAGCUCUAUUGAGAAGGACCUCCAGGACAUCAUGGACUCCCUAAUCAUGGAUGACCCCCAGCCUUCUUCUUUGGAGUCCAAAAAGCCUUCAGGAGGCCAACUGAUUCCCCACUCGCCUCUAUCACCUAUGCUCAAUGGAGGAGGUCGGUAUCUACUAUCCCCUCCCACCAGCCCUGGGGCCAUGUCUGUGGGGUCCAGCUAUGAGAAUACAUCACCUCCCUUUUCCCCACUCUCCUCACCCUCGGCAGCUAGUAGUGGGAGCUUUACCAGCCCCUCUCCUAGUGGAGGACCCCAGGACCAGAGUUCUUCUCUGCCACCAGUGCCUGUUCGCUCCUCGAGCUACAAUUUCACCGCCCACCCUCCACCUGUACCCCAACCACGGACCAUUUUGCCCAAUGUCAGCAGUGGUGGGGCAGGCCAGAAGGUUCAGGAAAGCCCCAGGCUGCAGAGGAAGGUCUUGACAGAGGCUCCUCCAAGCCCCAAGACAGCUCGUAGAAUAAUGGGUCAAGAUGGGUUUGAUAGUCGACUGACCUCGCUUCUGUCCUCUAGUGAAUCUCUUAAUAGUAAAAACAUUGUGCCAAGUAGUCCCAGACUUACUCCCAAAUUCCCUACAUGUUCAUCCCCAUCACCCGCCAGUCCCAGGACCAAGACAACCACAGUGCUCCAGGAAAGGCCUGCCAGCCCCUUUAGAGAGCAGACCACACUAGCUGACCGCUCUCUCACCUCUAGCCCUUCCAGGCAGCUUUCCCAACCCACCAGAGCCUUCCAGCCUCCUUUGGACCCCAUUGUCCAUGUCAUCCAAGGAUCUCCGCUUCAGCAACAUUCACGCUCACUGCAGCCCCCUGAAAGCCCACGCAUGGCCAGGAGGAACCUGGAGCUGAAUGGAAGCAGUGGCGUGAGCAGCACUAUGAGAGAGUUGCCCCCUCUUAGCCCCUCCAUGGCCCGGAGAGGGGUCCCAGUACUUCCAGGGGCUCUACCUGGUACAAUGCCUACCUUGAGGACUCCGGAUAGUCCCUCAGGUCUUGGUAAGCUUGUUCCAGAAAGUCCCAGGCUCAGGCGAAAAACUGGAUCCACAUCUGAGGAGCUGAUGUGUGGAAGGGGGAUCAGAGCCCGCAGCCCAUCACCUACCUCUAUGCUGAUGGAGGGCAGUGGUAGUGGUACGGGGGUACGGAAGGCAAGCCUUGGGAGUUCCCUGUCUCCUGCUUACAGUCUAGGCUCCCUGCCCGGCUCGUCCCCUGCAGCCAGUCCCAGGACACAGAGGAAGAUGUCUUCAGGGAGACCCCACCCUGGGAUGAGGGAGAGGAAGAACAGCAUCACAGAAAUUAGUGACAAUGAGGACGAGCUGCUGGAAUACCACCGACGACAGAGAGAGGAGAGGCUUCGAGAGCAGGAAAUGGAGAGGCUGGAGAGACAGCGACUAGAGACUAUUCUGAACCUCUGUGCUGAAUACAACAAAGGAGAAACCCCCUCUGUGGACCCUCUGGGCUCAGCGAGGAUGGGUUUCCCUGGCGGGCAGGCAGAUGGCUCAGGACGAAGACCAUCCAUGGACAACGUCUUCGGAGGAAUGCCGUCCUCUGCCACGCUCCGUCUGACGCAGAGACAGAGGGAGAGCGACGAUGAGAAUCUGAAGGAGGAGUGUAGUAGCACAGAGAGCACUCAUCAGGAGGUGAGGCCGUCUCCCGUUCCCAGCACAGCAUCAGCACUGCACAAUGGAGACAGACAGCAUGAGGACUUCAGUUCCGGCAGCAGUGGACGUCUGGAGCUGGGUUACCUGGUGGACGAGCGAGUUCGUGUUCUUGCCCGCAUCGAUGAGCUCAAGACCCGACUGACAGAGCUGGAGCAACAGCUCCAAGAGUCAAAACAAGAGGCCGAGAUGGAGCGCGCUCUGCUGCAGGGCGAGCGCCAGGCGGAGCUCGACCAGAUAGAUGCUGAAACGGACAUCAUCACACAGCUGCAGCGCAAGCUGGACGAGCUGGAGAGCGCCAUCCAGAGGGAAAAAGACAAGGAGAGGGCUAAUGUUGAGGCCGAGCGCCGGGCCCUGCAGAGCCUCCAGGAGGGCUACGCUGAGCUCAAGAACCAGCUUCAUAACUGUCCUGAGUCCCUGCGGGAACAGUUGCAGGAACAGCUCAAAAGGGACGGCGAAGUUCUGGAAGCAGGAACCAAAAAGUUUGAGGACCUAGAGUUUCAGCAACUGGAGAGAGAGAGUAGCCUGGAGGAGGAAAGAGAAACCAUGAGCCAGCAGCUGUUCCAGGAGAGAGCAGAGUACCAUGGCAGCGUGGCCAAGAGGAAGGAUAAAGUGUCUGCCCUGGAGAACCAGGCCACACAGCUCAGCCUACAGGCAUCUCAGGAGUGUGAGCGACUGGCUAAAGACAGAACCCUCACACUGCAAAUGCUCCAAAAGGAGAAGGAGAGACUGUUGGCCCUGGAGAAGAGAUACCAGACACUGACUGGAGGAAAGAGCUUCCCCAAGACCCCCACUGCAAUGAGAGAGGAAAUGUUCCACAUCAGCGAGGCUGCCCUGUUGUCGGAGGAUGUCCGCUCCUCCCAGCGUUCCCUCUGUCAAGCCUCUUCUCCUUACUUACAUCAAUCCCCUCCCUGUCAGUUGUAUCCCAGCAGCCCUACAGAGCCUCAGGACUAUAUGAAGCUGUCGGACGUGUAUAAGAUGUACGGCGGCGGCAGCAAGUCCGCCUCACACAGCCACUCGUUUGCCAUAGACGCUGCCUUAGCUGGCACCUGCGAGGAGUAUGUGACAGUGGGCCAGUUGAAUCAGAUGUAUGGGAUGCCAAAGGUGGAGUCGUCCCCUACCUCCCCACUUCGCCAGCCCCUGCAGUCUGGAGCCGUAGACCCCGCCUUCUCCUGCCUCCCCUCUCCUCACGGCUCCUCCCUCUCUCUCUCUGUGGAGUACCAGUGUGACACCGGCAGGCCUCACCUGCCAAAGCUAGAUUUAGAGCAGUGGUACCAGGAGCUGAUGGCUGAGUCCAGUCAGCUCUGUUCUUCUUCUUCUUCUCCUCCUGCUCCUCCUCUGCCGACCAAGUCGCUCUCAGGCCGCAGGCCUGUGCUGCAGGUGUUCCGCUCCAAGCUGGACAGUGAUCCAGGACUUUCUGUUCAUCAGCCCAGGUCCGGCUCUGCGUCGCCUCUGCAGCACGGAGCAGCAACGCUGGGACGCAACACAAGCUCCAGGCAGAGCCCCCUGCUGGUGGCCAACAGCACAGGCAGUCUGCCUCGGAACCUGGCUGCAACUCUGCAGGACAUAGAGACCAAGAGACAGCUGGCUCUGCAGCAGAAAGAGUCCCAGAGUUCCAGACAGAACACCAGAAAUGGAAACUCAGCAGGUCAGCAGGUGAUCGACGAGCAGCGGCGUCGCCUGGCCGAGCUCAAGCAGCGCGCGGCCGCGGAGGCUCAGUGCCAGUGGGAGGCGCUCCACAGCUCUCAGCCCCAACUCAUGACCCUGUCCUCCUCAUCACCUUCCUACUCUCCCAUCAAGGCCUACAGUCCCACUCUGGGCCACAGCUCUGCUGCAGGGCCCCCACCUCUGGUCCACCACUCUAUCCUGCACCACCAGCCCCUGUCGGCCGGAGAGCAGCCCUACGACACGCUGAGCCUGGAGAGUUCAGACAGUAUGGACACCAGCGUGUCCACGGGGAACAACUCGGCGUGCUCACCAGAUAACAUGUCCAGUGUCGGAGGAGCCGACUCGCUGAAGAUCGAGGAGAUGGAGAAAAUGCUGAAGGAGGCGCAGCUGGAGAAAGCCAGACUUAUCGAAUCGCGGGAAAGAGAGAGUCUGGCUCGCCGUCAGAUGCUGGAGGAGGAGAGGAGGAGACGAGAGGAGGCGGAGAAAAGGCUGCAGGAUGAAACCUUCCAUCGGCAGCAGUUAGUGGAGAAAGAGGUCAAGAUGAGAUCCAAGAACUUCUCUCAGGCUCGUCCCAUGACUCGCUACCUGCCCAUCAGGAAGGAGGAGUUUGACCUGCGCACUCACGUGGAGUCGUCGGGCCACAGCGUGGACACCUGCUACCACGUCAUCCUCACCGAGAAGAUGUGCAAGGGCUACCUGGUCAAGAUGGGAGGCAAGAUCAAGUCCUGGAAGAAACGCUGGUUCCUCUUCGACCGCCUCAAAAGGACGCUGUCCUACUAUGUUGAUAAACACGAGACCAAACUGAAGGGUGUGAUCUACUUCCAGGCGAUAGAAGAAGUCUACUACGAUCACCUCCGCAGUGCCACAAAGAGCCCCAACCCCUCACUGACCUUCUGCGUGAAGACCCACGACCGGCUCUACUACAUGGUGGCUCCCUCAGCUGAGGCCAUGAGGAUCUGGAUGGAUGUGAUCGUCACAGGAGCAGAGGGAUACACACAGUUCAUGAACUGAGGAAGUGUGUGUGAUCCAGAGAACAGGUUUCGGCAGGGACAGACUGUUUCCAGUCCACAGCAGACACAGCGCCGCCUUGUUUGUUACUCUUUUUGUUUUGUUUUUAAUCUCAGUUUGAUUUUUACUCAGUAAAUAGUCACCUCCACUUUUUUCUACAUCAUUAUUUGGAUUUAAAAAGGGAGACUUUGAAGGACACACACACACACACUUACACACCCUAUUGUAUAUAAACCAAAAUGUAUACCUGUCA